AGAGAGAGAGAGGAGGACUCGAAGGGGAAAGGAGAAAAUAAGCAGAAGGAGGAGGGAGAGAAGGGGGAUCAUGAUCCGGAGAGUGGUGGUGGAGCAUGCGCGGGUGGGAGUGGCACCUUAUUCGUCGUACCGCUCCCGCCAAGGGUUUCUGUCAACUACGAACUGCCGAUGGUAAAGGUUCUCGGGUAACCUGUAACAACGAGCAACGGUGCUCGUUGCCGGCACGCGAAUCCACGGUAUCACGCAUGUUCGCAGGAACUGACUUCCGCUCCUCUCGGAAACGUCGCGCGUCGCGCGGUGAGGAGUGUUGCGCUCGCUAAAUGUUGUGACUCUAAAAGCGCGAAAGUUAUUGCGCGAAAAAAUGCGCGUUUGACAGGGUAACGCGCAAGGAGGAUUGUCCGUCAAGCCGAGGGAUUCGAUCGCGAUCGCCGACAAGGGGUGUGUUUAAGAGUGACAGUGCGCUCGCGUGAAUACGUCUAGAGAAGUAUCGGUGAAAAGGAUACAGUGAUCUCCGACUGACCUGAAGAACCCGAGGAAUGUGUGACUCAGAACGAUAAUCGGGUGCGCGAUGCAAGGAACCGCGCUCGCGACGGCAGGGGGAAGAUAAAGAGGUGGACGAUCGCGAUCGCGGCACGUGGCCAGGCGAGCGAAAGUGUCACGUGGGUGCAUCGCCGUCCGCGUUUGCCGCGCGUCGGGGACUCGCAUCCGCGCUCGCGAGAAUUUGCAAACGUCAGGGGGAAUUUUCCCGGGAUUGCGAAAAAGAGGUUACGGUGGAGGCAAAAAAUCGCGAAGAAUUCAUUGAACCGCGAAAUAAACGCAAACGAAAAUUCACGCUCACUGAUCUCUGGCUAUAACCGUUCCCGCCGCGCGUUGGACAGAGACAAAGUUAAAAGAGGAGGAUCCGGACGCGAGUGCGACCCGGCGGUCGGGGUGGCCGGAUGAAAUUUGCAGCGAGGCGUCUCGCGCCGCGAAAGAACCUCUCUCUUUGACAUAACUAACGAGCAGCGCGGCUGCGGCGGUAAUCAGCGACGAGGAGUCACCGGUGAACGAACCCGCACGUUUCCGUUUCGAGCACGCUCGCCCUCCAACUUCCGGAAGGAGGAAGAGGAGGGACCCGAUGCGAGAAGCCCGGGCUUCUCGAGACGCAUCGACAUUCGCGUCGCGGCGCGUAAUCAUCCAGCCGUUAAUUAACGAGGAUCGAGGGAAAACGGAGGGAGCGUUAAUGCGCGUGUUGCCAAGGAGGGUCGUUUCGCAACGCGAGAACGAGGGACGAGGGAGUUUCGUGAGGGAGUGAUACCCGUUUGACGAGGAAAUAUACGUGUGUUCGGUAGAGCGGCGCGCACCUGGGCAGCAACGUUGGCUGCGCAACGAAAAAAAAAGAGAGAGGAAAGAAACGAAACGGAAGAGACGCCCGAGCCUUCGCGUAAAAAGUUCGUGAAAGCGGCCGCUGGGAGAAGAAGAGAAAGGGUGGAAGUUGCGAAAGAAGAAAAACAUUUGCGGGACAACGUUUACGGCGGAAAUAGCGCGCCCGCCGUCUAACAACUGGCGAUAAAAGGAGGAUCGUUAAGCCCGAGAAGACCUCCGCGGAAUGACCGGAGUAAGCCGCGGUAAUAGCGAAACUACUUUCGCGCGGAUAUACGGAGGCUGAGUGCGCUUAUUGCCCUGGUGUGGCUUCCAAGGAAAAAACACGUGGCGUCGGCGGCGGCGGCGGCGGCGGCAACACGUCGAAAAACGCUUCUGCUCGCGCGGAUCUCGGGCGAAUCUCCUAAGCCGUUGGAUAAGGGGCCCGACGGGAUAAUUCAAUUUUGAUUUCAUUCGCAAGUGGUGGCGAGCAGCUUGCCUUCAUCAACGUUAUCGCUACCACCGGGUCGAUCGACGCUCUCGCGAGCUUCCAAAGGAACAGAUUGGUGGAGCAACAUCGCGCGCGACGCGAAAGUAAAUCACGACGGGAGAACGAUUCGAGAGAUUCCGCGCGUUCCAUUAAAUCCGAACGCAAGGUGGAAUUUUUUUCACGCUAAACGGCGCGAUCGGUAUUCGGUCUCCCCUUAAAAAGCAGAAGCGAGGAAUCUCCCUCUGCGAAAAAGCGAGAAAGGGAUAAGCGUGGGAGAGACGUGCGGAGGGGAACGACGAGAACAAAUCGGUGAACGCGCAGGAAUUUCGCUGGCUCGGUCGAAAUCAACAUUCAAAUGCGGGCGCUCGGCUGUUUCUAAGGUCGAGGAGAAUCGAGAAAUCGAGGAAUAUCGACGAUCUUCUGCUCUUCAGAAGAGGAACACGUGGCGUCGUCGAGUCGACUGGUGGUCCUCUCACUCCCGAGCACGAGCACGAAGAAGGAGGAGCCGCGCGUUCGAGGCGUUCCGCCGCGGUGACGGUGGACCCGAUUAAGCGGAAAUUUCCCGGACGGUGCAAAUUCUGCGGUGUAACUCUCAUUCUUUUUCCCGACAAACGGUACAAACGGUCCACGAUUAUCCCCCCCCCCCCCUCCUCCCUGGCCCCGCCCCGCGCAAAUGUCGAGUGAACGAUGAAGUACCCGAUGAGGCUGCAGGCGGGGAAGAAGAAGUGGUACUCCAGGUGCGGCGAGUGUCUGACUAAAAUGCAGCUCGUACUACUGUCGGCGCUAUUCUGCUCUUCUCUGACGACAGGUGUCGCUGGGUUGGAAAUACAAAAACUGAUCGUACCCACUAUCGCCGAUCCAAGGUGGGAAAGCAUUCCACUCAGAUGCGAAUACGAUCUUGGUGGCAAAGAGCUGUAUUCGGUAACGUGGAACAAAGACGGCCAGGAGAUCUUUAGAUUCAUGCCGGGAUCACCGACGCCCAAGCGACCUCAGAAUAUCAGCGGACUCUACAUCGAUCUUAAUCAAAGUGAUCAGAAACAAGUGACGCUUCUAGGCCCGACCACCCGCAAAGGUAAAGUCGACCUGGCGGGAUCUUACGGCUGCGAGGUGUCAUCCGAAGCGCCGAGUUUUGAAACAGAUUACAGAGAGGCGAACAUGAGCGUGGCUGUGCCACCUAAAAGUGCUCCGGUACUCGAGGGGUUGCGACCUUCUUACAAAAUCGGCGAGAUCCUCCAAGCGGAGUGCACGUCGGGCUUGAGUUACCCCCCGGCAGUUUUAACGUUCAUCUUAAACGAUGAAGAAGUAAACAGAGCCUCUACUAAAGACUUGCGGGGAGGUGGCAACAUAGACGGGAGGCUGGUCUCCACGACGCGGCUGGGCUUAACGAUACGACUGGAACGGGAGCAUUUUUCAAGUGGCAGUCUGACAGUGGUCUGUCAGUCGACACUACCAGGAAUCGCAAAUUUCCAGCCACUCAAAACUAUCGAGUUUGUCGCCCUCGCCGCCAGCAAUCAACGUCUCGCUCAAGAACCCCCUAAAUCGGGCUCGAGGUCGAACAUGGAGCUCUUUCCGUUUCUGACUCGCUGGACUAUAAUCGUGAUUCAUGUGAUUCAUUACGAUAGACUCCUGCGCGUUUAAUCUCUAGCGCUAACCCGAUCGACGACGCUGAGAUACCUUUAAAAUGUGUGCUACUUAGUCUCUACGCGUUCUCGCGAUCAGGAAAACGUAUCGCGUAUCGUCAGCAUCGGCUUUUCUCUACGUGUCAAUCGAGUACGAGAUACACAUUUCGGUGCGUCCCAAAUUUUUCGCGCGAUUCAUACACAUUUCGCUCAGCAUGUGUACACAGUGUUUAGAACACCCCGUAUAUCGUAUAUAAGUCGGAGGUAGCAAUACAGCACUACGUAAAGUAGGUCGGGUACGGCGGGCGCACAGCGAUUGUACAUAGUGUAUAAUUGUGAAUUAGCAUUACAAAUUGUCGUGUAUAAUUAACCGGACGGAAGGACUGCGAAGGAUGAUGGGGAACACGAUGAAAGUAACGCGAGAUAUAUCGAGAUUCGCGGGUUUUCCGGGAUGGAAGAAUAACGCGGAUGGAAACGUCGCGUCCGAGAAAUAUAUAUCUAUCAUUCGUCAGACCAGAAAAAUAUAGUUUUAAGCAAGAUAAGUGUGUACGAGUCGUAAUCCUAAGUACGGCUCGACGUCGGCUACGUACGUAGUAUAAGUAUGUGGUUAAUUCGACUAUAUUCUCCACAUCAUCCGAUCUUCCUCAGCGAGGCAUGCGAGAGAUUCCACGUGUGAAGUAAGGAAUACGGCGCUUUUGUUCCGCAAUUUUACACGAUCCAAAGCGUUGGUCGUUAUCGUCGAAGUGAUUGCAGUAAUAAAACAAUGAUUUAAUCAA